AUGACCAACCGACCUCAAAACCUCGAUUUGAGCGGCGCUCGAGGUCACGACCGCCUUCCCAGUCGCUCUCGCCCAAACUUCCACAUGGACCUGCCGUCGCCUCGCGCAGGUGAAAUCCCGCCCGCCCUCUCUCCGCUCGAUGCUUUCGCCCUACACUCGCGCGCCCUGGCGAGAAGGUUGGAGGAGAGUACUAAGGCCGGAAGACGCAUGAGCAGGCUACCACACCAGGACAUUGCCGACGAACUCGCAAAACGACCUGGCUACUUUAGAUCUGUUUCAAGCGGCAUCGAGAGUCUGUACGACGAGGACCAAGAGGAGGACGACGAUGAGGACGAGGAAGAUUCAUGGCAACCGCCCCGAUUGCAGGCGCAAACACCCAAUGGUGCCGUUUACCGCCCCGUGUCGCAUUAUCCCAUGCUAGGGAACGUCGUCCGUGACGACCAGGAUGUGCCCAGCGUACCAGAACCUAUCAAGGAAGCCAGCACUGAGCACGAAGAGAAGGGCUAUUUCGGCAUAAAGGUACCGCGCUCUUCGUCUCCAGAGCCAUUCGAUUCCAGGAACAUAAAAAGCGACGACGCUUCUCCCGCCUUGCCCAGUCUCACUAGCAGUAUUGACUCAAUACAAUCUUCACAACCACGGACCUUGACCAAUGAAUCCUCAAGGAGACAGGACAAUAGUCUAGCACCACCUCGAUCGCCAGCGCAUCCAAGAUCAGCGCGUAGUAUCGCCAGCAUUAGAUCCGUCAUCGACAGUGCCGAAGAAGACAACGGCAGCCCAUCUGGAUCACUUGAGGUCGGUCCAUCCAGCAAGACCCGUACUCCGUUCAGUCCGGAAAUGCUACCAGUUUCUCGUUCCCCAUCAAAUUUGUCCGAGUACUCCGUAUCUUCAGACUUGCCUCGCCCAUCUUUUAAUUUCUCCAGACCUAGAGGCAACUCUCUCGCAAGACCAGCAGCUGAGAACAAUCUGACGGUUGAUACACGCCGUGCUGUCGAACGUCAGCCUUCCAAUGAUUCUUCUAUGUCGCAAACUGCCAGAAGUGCCAACUCUAUGCAAACCAUGCGUGUCAGGGCUCCUGUCGAACGUCAAAAUUCAGACAGUGCGACAGACAUCUCUGGUGCUCUAUCGGACAGGGAGUGUUUCAGUGGUGAAGAAACUCAAGUCGUACAUCCCGGACCGGGCGCGCCCUCUUACGUCUAUUCUAAAUACUCGUUGCCUCGUGGACGUAUGCUCGACAGGGAUUCGGUGGAAGCGAGAUCUUCUUGGGCCCAUCACCAAAUAAAAUGGGAACAGCAGCCAACUGGAUUGGAACCCAGCAUAGUCGAAAGUCCUCUACCAAGCCCGAAUCUUGACAAUCCCAUGCUCAGCCCUGGCCCCAGCACACCACGUGGACAAAGUCCAGCACCAGGGCCACGUCGAAACAAGUCAGCCGAGCGCCCAGCUCGUUCACCUAACCGGCUGGUCAAGAAGACUACACCGCAGACCCCAUCGAUUGCCUCUGAGAGCACAAACCGUACGAUCAGGGCGGGAUCGCAUGUUCGAAACAGCCCAUCUACCGACAUAGCCGGUCUAUCACCGGAGCAACAUCUUGAGAAAGGCAUAGAGUGCCACUCUUCAGGCUCCCUCAGCAAAUCAACAUAUCAUCUUCGCUUGGCUGCCAGGGCAGGACUUCCAACAGCCAUGCUGUUAUAUGCUCUCGCAUGCCGACAUGGUUGGGGCAUGCGUCCUAACCAAGCUGAAGGUGUAUCGUGGCUUAGACGCGCGGUGGAUUCAGCUGGAGUGGAAUUCAUCGAGGACAGCAGCAAUGACGGCUCACAAGCAGUGUCCAAGGAGCAGAAAGCACGCAAAGCCCAGUUCGCACUUGCCAUCUAUGAGCUUGGCAUGUCAUAUAUGAACGGAUGGGGCAUCCCCAAAGACAAGCCACUCGCAGUCAGAUGUUUUGAGAUUGCUGGCAGCUGGGGCGACACGGAUGCUCUUGCUGAAGCAGGAUUCUGUUACACCCAAGGCGUUGGAUGCAGGAAGGACCUCAAGAAGGCCGCAGAAUUUUACCGCCAGGCUGCGGACAAGGGCAUGAGCAUGGCGGGCAACAGCUGGUAUGUUGUUCUUCUUUUGCAGCACGCAUUGCAGAGUACCUGA